GCAUAUCAUUCAAUGGCAGACCGCGGCGCUAAGCGCUUACGGCGCCUCAGCACCGAUUACGACGACUCAGAAGGAGCAGACGAUUGGGGGAGAGACAAAGGCAGCAGCAGCGCGCUGAGCAGGUACGUGGAUGUGGCUGGCCCAAGCAUCGAGAGCUGCUCCCCAUUCCAGCCGCGCGUGCGACGCGGGGAGUACGAGACCUCGCCAACGGCUGCAUGGCCGCUCUACAAUCCUGCCCCUCUUCGUUCACCACUACGCCGUGCCACCACCGACACCCCUGUGCGCAUCCCCGCCCGAAGCUCCAAGAAGACGCCGCUCGCUGCCUUCUUCUGAGCCUCUCACCUCUCACCUCGCCGUAGCCCCAGCGCUCUCCACGACACAGCACCCGCAGCCAUGCCUCGCCUACGAUCGCGCGCGAAUCUAACAGCUCCCAGUGCGGCGCCCACAGCCUCGUCGACCCGCCCGAGACGCAAUACCGCCAACCAGGCACCCCCAGCCGCCGUCAUCCAGCGCUCCUCGCCCGAAGAGACGCGCCAGUCCAUCCACCUCACCGUGAAAGCUUCGCCGGGCAAGCUGCGGAAGGCCACGAGCGGCAAUAUCCGCAAGGCCGCCGUCACCUCGCGCAAUAUCGUCGUGGGAAAGCGUGCAUCGCGGAGCAGCAGGGUCAUCCGGGAAGUCGACAGCGACGAAGACGAAGAGGAAGAUGAGGAGCCAGAGGAGGUGGACGCUAUGGACGUGGACGACGAGGAAGAUGAGGAGGAAGAUGCAGAGGGUGACGAGGACGAAGACGUCGACGCUGAAGGCGAAGAGGACGAUGACAUGGAGCUGACCCCGGCCCCGCGGAUCGUCGUGUCCACCAACAAGACCGUCCCCGUGAAGCCCAAGGCCGCCCAGGACUCUGUGGAAGCCAAGGAGAUGGCCAUGGACGACGAUGACGACGAAGAGCUUUCCGAGCUUGAGUCGGACGCCGAGGGUGAAGAAGAGGAUGCGGAAGGCGAGGACGAGGACGCCGAAGGAGAGGAGGAUGACGAGCUAGGCGCACAGAACGACGAGGAGGAUGAAGACGAGGAGAUGGACAGCAGCGACGAGAUGAGCCGCGACCAGACCCCGGAUCUCAGCAAGUUGACCCGGCGGCAGCAAGCUAUGAUCGUCCAGGGCGGCGAUGGUGAGCUGAUGGCUCUGUCGAAUGAGGCACAAAAGAAGAAGCACCUCACCGCCGAGGAGCACGCCAUGCGCAGAGCAGAAAUGGCACGCCGACGCAAGAACCUCAGCGAAAAGCGCAACGAGGAGGAGAAGAUGGACACCAUCAACCGCCUACUUAAGAAGCAGCCACCAAAACGCGGACGUCGCGUCAUCCAAGACAUCACCGAGUCCGGCCAGGAAGACGAGCUCGACUACGAGAAAGCUAACCCGCUCUACGUCCGCUACAGGCAAACCGCCAAGGGGACUCAACUAGCUGUUCCUGAGGAAUGGCUUCAAGCACCUAUAGGGAGCUUGUUCACUGGACCGCUCGCAAAACCUUCACGACGGCCCUUCAAUGGCAGAAUGGUAGAGGAAGUGGCCUGAUUCUCUUGAGUCUAUCCGCAAAAGCUCAUUCUUGCAUUUUUUGGAGUUCUAGAUAUAUUGAUUAGCGCUGGGUCUGGCCGACGCCCAUCGAACAUUAGGAAUGGACCACAUGCAUAGUCGUAUUAACAAGAUUUAAUACGCAGACUUUGCGAUAGUAUUCAUCUCUCCCUCUUUUUUGUCCAUGCUGCAACGGCUACCAAUAUGGAAUUGUAAACAAACUUCCGAAAGUACUGCGACUUAUCUUGGAUAGGUCGACUCCUAUUUCACGUCGGAUGGUCGCAAACGAUUCCAGCUCAGUACGCGGAGUGUACUAUCGUGGCCUAUUGCCGCAAAUGGGCCGUAGAUAGUUACGGGUUCAGAUGAGCCGAGAUUCUGCGCCAGAGCGGCGAAGCUUCCAG